GCUCCGCCUGCAACAAUGUAGGCGCGACGCCCCGCUCGGCUGUGCGGGCUGGGCGCAGCGGUGCUCAGCGGCACUGCAACCAGUGCAACGCAGUGCCACGCCAUGAACGGGGACGCCGGCAGCAACGACGUCACCGCCAUGGCCGGAAUGUACGUCAACGUCAGAGUGCUCAGCCGACAGCUUCACCAUCUCUCCGCCGAAGUGGACAGCUCGAUGAGCAAACUGUUGGCGGUGCAGCGGCGGCAGGAGGCGCAGCACGACAAGCUUUACGAUCACGUUAACCGCGCCGAAGGGGGGCGCGUGGCGAGCACGGCGGGCACGCCGCCCUACCAGGCCGAGGACGUCUCACUGCACUUCCUGGGCAUCCGGCUGUACCACUACACGCGCGCCGACCCCAACGCCAUGCUGCAGGCCCUGCCGGGCCCCGAGUUGGACGAGCGGGCCGUCGAACUGGGACGAUUCGUCUACAAGAUCGACGACCUGCCCCUGCAGAUCUUCAGGAUACCUAGACCCGUCGGCAGUUUCCGGUACGUGGCCCUUCGCAUCGACAGCAACCACGGCCACCCGGACUUCACGUGCGUCUACAGGUUCCGCGUCCACGGUUUCCUCGACCACGACGACGGCCUUCACGGCCACGGUCAGCUCGUCGAGGCCGCGGACGCUCCUCGGGACCUGCAGCACUAGCUCUAGGCCAACUUAGAUUCGGGGUAUAGAAAAAAAA